GAAUUAUACUAAGAGAAGGCCCAGGUGAACACGGAGCUCAUGCUGCUAGCAGUAGCCAGCGACUUGGCAGAGGCGAUAUGCGCUUCCCCAAACGAACGCGUGUGCCAUGGUUGGAGUCGGACGACCUGCGGUUACACGCGUACAAGACGACCAUGGAUAUGAAGUGGAAGGAUAUAUUUGAAUGCUUCCCAGAUCGGACACCGGCUGCAGUACGGACGCGCUGGCACAUGCUGCGUGGGAAACACCCAUCACUACACCUAUGCCGUCGCCGAGGAAAUGACGACGCUCGGAUCGACGGAAGCGCUGCACGGUAUGAUCAUGUGGCAUCAGUUCAUGGCGAGAUUGAGGAGCCGUACUUUCCGUCCAAUCGACCCCGCUCCUCUGAUUCCUUUUCUGUUAGAAAGCGAAAGAGAUAUGAGGACAUGGAUACUCGGUUCGAAGCCGAUGCCGAAGCUGCGCCUAUUGCUGUUGGUAGCGGCUGGCUGGAGGACGGGAUAAUUACGGAUAUGACGCCAGACGCCAAUGCGACGGACGCCCAGCACCCAAACUCCUGCGUCUUCGGCGGACUUCGACAUCAUUCAAAGAAUCGAUCCUCGCUUGCUGGGAGAUGGACCAAGCGAAGGGCAGGUUAAAGCCGCUCGACGAAGCCGCGAUCCGCUAGAGACUGAUAGCGACAAUGAGGGCGAGAGCCGUACGCCGAAUGACAAUACGAACACGGAGGUGGAUGAGGACUUGGGUACGUCGGCCCUGGAGUGGCCAGAGUUAAACAACUCCAUCAGCAGCCGCGAUCUCCUGAGAUCUACUCUCCUG